ACCACGGCGAUGGCAACCAACAGAAGCCAAACUUGCUCUUCCGUCUCGAAUCGCCGCGGGGCCCCGGGCGGGAGGGGUGGCUGCGCGCAACGCUCAUGGCGCUCCACGAGCUCUUCUCUCACCCGGUCGAGCGCCGCUACCGCGCGGGGCUCUGCUCCAAAGCCGCGCUCUUCCUGCUGCUGGCCGCCGCGCUCACCUACAUCCCGCCGCUGCUGGUGGCCUUCCGGAGCCACGGCUUUUGGCUGAAGCGGAGCAGCUACGAGGAGCAGCCGACCGUGCGCUUCCAGCACCAGGUGCUGCUCGUGGCCCUGCUGGGACCCGAGCGCGGCGGGGUCCUCGCCUGGAGCACGUUCCCUGCCUUCAACCGGCUGCAGGGGGAUCGCCUGCGCGUCCCGCUCGUGUCGACGAGAGAAGAAGACAGGAACCAGGAUGGGAAAAUGGACAGGCUGCAUUUUAAACUGGAGCUUCCCCUGCAGUCUACAGAGCACGUUCUUGGUGUGCAGCUCAUCCUGAUGUUCUCCUACCAACUGCACAGGAUUUCGACGUUUGUGAUGCAGAGCAUGGCGUUUCUCCAGUCCUCCUUUGCCGUUCCUGGGUCCCAGUUAUAUGUGAAUGGAGACCUGAGGCUGCAGCAGAGGCAGCCGCUAAGCUAUGGUGGCCUAGAUGUCCGAUACAACGUGUCCGUGAUCAACGGGACCAGCCCUUUUGCCUGUGACUAUGACCUCACCCACAUUGUUGCUGCCUAUCAGGAAAGGAAUGUCACCACCAUCCUGGAUGACCCCAACCCCAUCUGGCUGGUGGGCAGGGCCGCUGAAGCCCCAUUUGUGAUUAAUGCUGUCAUCCGAUACCCUGUGGAAGUCAUUUCUUAUCAACCAGGAUUCUGGGAGAUGAUAAAGUUCGCCUGGGUCCAGUAUGUCAGUAUCCUGCUCAUCUUCCUCUGGGUGUCUGAAAGAAUCAAGAUAUUCGUGUUUCAGAAUCAGGUGGUGACCACAGUCCCUGCAAACGCAAUGCCCCGUGGAGAAGUGUAUAAGGAGCACUUAUCCUAAGAAGACCAUUUCUGAAGGCUCAGCAGGAACAAGACUACCUCACUGUUGUCUUCUGAGAACUGCCAUUGUACGACAUUUCUGCAGAAGCCCAAUGGACACCCGUGGGCUUCAGUGUUUUUCCCCUCAGACACAGAAACAGUUCUUUCUAAUUUUGCUCUGCACAAAUUCCAUGUGUUCUAAGCACCUACAAAUCCAUCAGGAAGUAAUUUAUAGAAAGGCCUGAGGGGUCCUUGGAGCCAUAAUUUGCCUUUGGUGGAGUUUUUUUGUUUUUUUUUUUUUUCCUGCCUUAGCCUUGAAUUUCAGGAGAAAAUUAUGGUUAGUUCAGACGUCUUGGAAAGAGUCCCAUCUCUAUUCAAGCAAAGACUUUUCCUCCCUGGAACUGAGAAACACAGCGUGCAUUUCUUCUCCCUGUUGUGAACCACUUUUUACUCUUUUCAGGGCUCUCGUGACAAAUAAUGUAAAUCACUAGCACUUUCCACUCCUGGGCAUCUCCGUUUCCCACUCAGAGCUGUGAUUUCCGGAACUGAGGCCUUUCACUGGAGCUGUGGAGGGAACGGGCACAAGCACUAGGGCCACUCAAGCUUGUGCGUGAGGGUGAGGAAGGACCCUGGGACCAUCCAGCUGCCCUCGCUCUAACAAACAAGCAGUCCAGCCAGAUUACCCCCGUGGCCAAGCAAGUGUCUGCAGGAGCUGGCACUCAGAGACUGAGUGUUCAGCCCCAUUCUCCUCCUGAGGACACGUGCAGUCUCCCCCAAGGACAGAGGGACCUUCGUUGUGAUCCCAAGCAUGUUGUUGGCACUGGAACGACAUAACCCCUAAGAUCCAUGCUUCAUGCCCAUUCACAAACACAGUGUGUGCCUUGGUUUACCUUGGAGAUCAGUUCUUAUUUCCAAAGCAUCUUUCUUUCAGGCUGACCAAAAUAAGAGUUUUGGAAACAAAACUAUUUUGAAGUAUUCAAGCAGA